GUUGUAAAGUGAAUGUGUCUUGUGUUGUUAUGUUGUGUUGCUUCUCACCUCAUCUCUCUCUCACAACACUGUUGCUUUCCGCGUUAAAAUUGAACGUGGAUGCAGAGAAGAAAGGGUGACACAGAAACCAAACCAGUAGUUUUCAAGAGAGAGAAGGGUUUAUCAUUCAUUGCUUCCUUCCUGCAUUUUCCAUCUUUUACCUCAUUUUUCUCAUGCGUGCAAGCGAUUCUCACUCCCACCACCCACAUUUCUUGCUUCUUAACACCUUUCAUCAUUGCCUUUAAGAUUCUGCAUUCUCUUUCCGCCUCAAAUUUCUUUGCUUUACCUCACUUUCCUCUUCAUUCUCAUAGAUCAAAACCCUCUAUUAACCUCAAUAUAGAUUUGCAUUGUCCCUGUCUGGAUUAUUUCCCUAUCUGCUGCUUCCGUCGCUUUCAAAGGUUUCAACUUUACAAAAAUCUCUAUCUGGUUGUUUCUGAUAGCUUCAAUUGGUUUAGCUUGUCUUGAAGUUGUUCACACCUUUGAUAGAUCAUUUCAAUUGAAGCAAUGGGGAAUCAUAUGAGCAAGAAGAUUCCUGAAACAUCGUCUGCUGUUAAUUUGAGUACUGAAUUGCAUUAUAGAUCUGAGCUGAGCUCCUAUGAGGCUGCUUGCAAGAUUGAUAAUGAUUUGCAAUCCUUUGACACAAACCUUCAAGCUCGAACGAAUCAAGUUAUCAACACGCUUGCUGUUGGUGUUGAAGUUCGAGCCCUUUCUUUUGAGUCUUUGAAACAAGUCACGGAAUGUCUUCUGGAGAUGAAUCAGGAAGUUGUUAAAGUGAUCUUGGACUGCAAGAAGGAUAUAUGGAAGAGCCAAGAUCUGUUUGAACUGGUGGAGGAGUACUUUGAGAACAGUUUGCAAACGUUGGAUUUCUGUGCUGCGCUGGAGAAGUGCCUGAAGCGCGCUCGCGAUAGCCAGCUUCUGAUUCUGGUAGCUCUUCAACAGUUUGAGGAGGAAUCAUCAUCAGAGGUAGGAGGAUCGAACAACCGCUACACGAGGACAUUGCAAGAAUUGAAGAAUUUCAAGGAUGCUGGUGACCCUUUCACAGAAGAGUUCUUCCAAAUUUUCCAAUCUGUUUACAAGCAGCAGAUACUCAUGCUUGAGAAGUUGCAAGUUAGAAAGAGCAAGCUUGACAAGAAGCUGAAAUAUAUUCAUUCAUGGAGGAAGGUUUCAAGCAUGAUAUUUGUAGCUACAUUUGCUGCUGUUUUGAUAUGCUCAGUGGUAGCUGCAGCAAUUGCAGCUCCACCUGUUGCUGCUGCUUUAGCUGCUGCUACCGCAAUCCCAAUUGGUUCAAUGGGGAAGUGGAUUGAUUCCCUUUGGAGGAACUAUGAAAAUGCAUUGAAAGGGCAGAAGGAAGUGAUUAGCUCAAUGCAGGCUGGUACCUAUGUUGCUAUCAAGGACUUGGAUAACAUCAGGAUUCUCAUUGAUAAGCUGGAAGUUGAGAUUGAAUCUCUGUUGCAUAAUGUGGAUUUUGCCAUUGCAGAAGAAGCUGUGAAGAUUGCAAUAGAGGAGAUCAAGAAGAAGCUGGGAGUGUUUAUGAAGAAUGUUGAUGAUAUAGGAGUUCAAGCUGAUAUUUGUAGCCGUGACAUUAGGAGGGCAAGGACUGUGGUCCUGCAGAGAAUCAUAAAACACCCCAACAAUUGAAGUCUGAAGAUAAUCUUAUAGCAUGUUUGGAUCAGCUUCUUCUCUUUGCUCAGAAUCAAUUCCGAAACUCAUAAGUUAUUCACAGAAGCUUCUAUCCAGAAAGGAUUUCCAAACAUGCAGGUCUUGCUAGCCAGUAGUUGUUGUUUGUUGGAAGAACACAUCUUUUCCUUAUGUAUCUUGUGAAAUUUGUUGUUUCAUGGAUCUAAGCACAAAUGGGUUCUUGUUGAAGAUAAUAAUCAGACAUAUUCAGUAUGUCUUGACACUUGCAGCUAAAUUUUUUAUUCUUUUCAUACAAUAGUGUACUCAUGCAAUUUUUUUAUAAAUUCAUUUUGUUCUUUUAA